CAUCUUGGGCUCUUCAGCUGCAGGGUCCCUCGCCAGCUACGUGGUAACCAGAGCCGAGACACAGAAAUGCUCCGAUUUCUGGAUUUACCUGGAGACAGGCAAGUCCCCACAGGAGUUCGCCAAGGCUGGUAGUGUUUCUCAGCCCGCAGAAAAUCUGCCCAGCCCAGAGGACAGAGAGAGCACAGCACCACCAGUGAGGAGGAACAAAUAUGGGGACGUUGUGGAGUAG